AUGGGCGGCGGACCCAAAGUUCCAUAUCCCAAGCAUGUCUGGUCACCGGCGGGUGGCUGGUACUCUCAACCUGCGAACUGGAAAAUGAAUACUGCGAUUAUUGGUGUCGGGAUACUCGGGGUCACGGCUAUGUUUUUCAACUUGAGCGCGCAGAGGGAGACACGGACGAAAUUUCCAGAAGAGGGCAGAUUCUAUCCCAGUCGAUACUGGAGUAAACAGAUUAUUGAGCAUGAGAAGGAGAAGAAGGCCGGUUCGUCAUAA